AUGUCAAGCCUAACAUGCACACCACCCCCUUUCUUUUUCUCCUCUUCCUUCUUUACAAUACUAGCGUCACUCUGAGUCUUGUACUUUAGUUUCAGAGGCUAAUAAGCCAAGAUACUCAUCUUUCUUUCUUGUCCUAAUUGAGCUUAUGCUCAGAAAAUAAUCUUGAUGCUAAACAUGCUGUGUUUGGUGUUUGAAAUUCAUGUCUGCUAUACUCAGUGAACUCUUCCUUUCAGGGUUUAUGAUAAAUUCCACAUAUAGGCGCAGGACCCAUUUAGUUCAAUCCUUCUCUGUUGUUUUCCUCUACUGGUUUUAUUACAUCUCAUGAUUUUGCUUUGUUUCCUAGUAUGAAGAUGUCUAAAUAUAUAUAAAUAUAAAUAAAAAGAAGCAAAAAAAAACCUAUAUCUUUCUGUAUUAUUGCUAUCUAUCUACUUGAAUUUGGGUUUAAAUCACUAUCUGGGUCCUGCUAGUUUUUUUGUAUUUUUCUCUGUUAUCUGGUUUCACCUGAAGGUUUGUUGAAGUUUGUGUUUUUGUUGAGGUAUUUUUCAUGGCUUCCUCUAGUGGGACAUGUUCAGGGUCAUCUAUGAUGCAGAACUCAGGUUCUGAAGGGGAUCUUCAACAAUUGAUGGAUCAGAGGAAAAGGAAGAGAAUGAUAUCUAACCGGGAAUCUGCGAGGAGGUCUAGGAUGAGGAAACAGAAGCAUCUGGAUGAUCUGGUGUUCCAGGUGGCUCAUCUGAGGAAAGAGAACAGCCAGAUCAUCACCAGCAUGAGCAUCACCACCCAGCAUUAUCUCAAUGUUGAGGCUGAAAACUCCAUCCUCAGAGCUCAAAUGGCUGAGCUUAGCCACAGGCUGCAGUCCCUGAAUGAGAUUAUGAGUUUCUUGAAUGGAAACAAUAAUUUGGGUUUUGAGAUUGAGGAUAUGCAGCAGCCUUACCUUUAUGAAACUCUGGAUGAUGGGUUCUUUAUGAACAACAGUUGUUGGAACUUUGUGUGUGUCAACAAGCCCAUCAUGGCUACUGCAGCUGCUGACAUGCUGCAAUACUGAUCAGUUCCCAAAGACAUUUUGGAGCCUAAAGAGAGAAUCUGUUUAGCUGUAGGAUCCAAGAUAAGAUAAGAAUAUUAUUAUUAUGACUAUUAAAGUGGUAUUAGUAGCUGUAAGGAUAAUAAAAUGGUUCUUGUAAACUGCUUUUGUCCCCAUGUUGGGGUGUUGGGUGGGGGUGGAUAUCAGGAACAUGGCUUUUCAAGAACUCUGUAAUUGUCUAUAAUAAUGUAAUGAUAAGUGAUAACAAUGUCAACCUUAAAUUUCCCUCUAAA